CUCUUGACCAAUGGUCGUUUAAUGCGUAACACUCGUAAAACUGAUAGUAUAAAUAUAGUGGCUUGGUCUGGAAGUUUCAUAGGUUUAGCAGCAUCUGCAGACUUACAACUGAAACAUGAAGGCCUUCAUCUUGCUUGCCAUUGUGGCUGUGGCUAAAGCCACAAUUCCAGUUGCCCCUGUAGCUUUAGCUGAAACUGGAGCUAGCGCACAAUUCCGAAGUGAAGAUAGUCUCGGUAACUACAACUUUGGCUACAAUGAAGAUCACACUUCAGGAGGUACUUUCCGAAGGGAAGCUGGUGAUGCCUAUGGAAAUGUUGCAGGUUCUUAUGGUCUUAGAGAUGCCGAUGGUCGAAUCCGAAUCGUUAACUACGUAGCUAAUGAUGACGGUUUCAAGGCCGAUAUCAAAACGAACGAACCUGGUGUGGAGCCUAAGGAUCCAGCUGAUGCCACCAUCAACAAAGCUGAAACAGUCCUUGUUCAGUCAGCCGUUGCAGUCCCAGCUCCUGCUCCAGUUGUUGCAGUCCCAGCAGCUGAGCCUGUAGCAUACCAAACGGAACAAGUUGCAAUCGCAGCCCCUGUAUUUCCAGCAGCCGCAGCUGUCCCAGUAGCUAAAACUAUUUCCCAGCCUGUUGCUGUAAAAACCGAGCAAAUCUCUGUUCAAGCUCCAAUUGCAACUACUUAUAGUUUCCCUGAGCCCGCUGCUGUACCAGUAGCCAAAACCCAGACAACUGUUGUUAGCACUGCCGAAACCAGACCAGUUACAUAUGCUUUCCCACCUGCAGCCCCAGUUCCAAUUUCUAAAACUGCUACCAUCACCGAAACUAGACCAAUUUCUUACGCAUUCCCUGCCCCUGCAGCUGUACCAGUUGCUAAAACUGCAACAAUUACAGAAACCAGACCAAUCUCUUAUGCUUUCCCAGCCCCUGUAGCUGUUCCAGUUGCUAAAACCCACACUACUGUCACUGAAACCAAACCUAUUCCUUAUGCAUUUCCAGCUCCCGCUGCUGCCCCAGUUGCCAAAUCUUCAAGCACCACCAUAACUCAAACUGGACCAGCCACUUAUGCUUUCCCUGAACCUGCAGCUGUGCCAGUUGCCAAAACAAUUGCUCAAGCUCCAGUUGCUGUAGCAGCUGCAACUCCAGUAGCAUACAGCUUCCCUGCCCCAGCAGCAGUUCCAGUUGCCAAAUCUUCUACCAUCACAUCAUAUGCUGCUGCUCCAGUUGCCCCUAUUGCAUAUGCUGCCCCCACUUCUAAAUUUGCAUACUCUACUCAAGUAAUUAACAGCGCACCUGCAGUGAAAGCCUUCGCUUAUGCUCCCCGUUAUGCUCUGAACCCAUAUCUUAAUACAUACUCCGCACCCUUCUACAGGCCUAUCUAUUCACCAGCUGUAGCUUCUUUCGCAGGUCCCAUUCCUUAUUUCAACAAUAUUGAAUACCACGGAUACCCUGUUGUUAAGAAAUUUUUCUCUGAGAACAGUUCUGAAACCAUCAUGCAGGUCCUUAUCCUCUUCGCCCUUUUCGCUGCCAGCCAAGCUGCAGUUCUCCUAAGUGCACCAACUCUUCUGAGCACUGGUGGCAGCACUCAGUACAGAGCUCAAGAUAACAUUGGUAAUUACAACUUUGGAUACGAUGAAGGUCAUUUGUCUGGAGGAACCUUCCGCAAAGAAGCCGGGGAUGCCUUUGGCAACAAAGUAGGCUCCUACGGUCUUCGUGAUGCUGAUGGCCGAGUCCGAGUCGUCAACUAUGUUGCUGAUGCCGCUGGAUUCAGAGCUGACAUCAAGACUAACGAACCAGGAGUAGAACCCAAGGAUCCAGCUGCAACCACCAUUAACAAGGCUCUGGCUGUAGUACCAGCCGCACCUGCUGUUGCCACCUACGCUGCUCCGGCUGCUGUAGCUACUUAUGCUGCUGCCCCUGCUCCUUUGGCUACAUAUGCAGCUGCCCACGCUCAUCUUGCCACCUACGCUGCUGCUCCUGCUUUAACUUACGCAGCUGCACCUUUCGUUCACCAUGGUCUUUACAAUCAUGCUGCUUUGGGAAUUCCUGGAGUCUAUGGAUACCAUCUGUAAAGGGUGUUAAAAAUAAAUUAAUUUAUGCUUUUACAAGCGAGAUAUAGUCUCGCACAUUGUUCCUUCCCAAUUGCCAAAUUGU